AUGAACAAGUUCCUGUGCUGCACGCUUGUGCUCUUGGACAUUUCGGUUAAGUGGACCAUCCAGGAUGAGUCUCCUCGCAAGUAUCCCCAUUACGACCCAGGGACAUCUCGUCAGCUGCUGUGUGACCAGUGCCCCCCCGGGACCUACGUCAAGCAGCACUGCACGGCCACCAGUGCGACGCAGUGCGCACCAUGCCCGGACCAGUACUACGCCGAGGAGUGGAACAGCGACGACGAGUGCCAGUACUGCAGCGCCGUUUGCAAAGAGCUGCAGUUCGUCAAGCAGGAGUGCAGCAGCACGCAGCCGCGCCUCUGCGAGUGCGUCGAAGGCCGGCACCUGGAGCUCGAGUUCUGUCUGAAGCACACGGAGUGUCCUCCCGGAUUCGGCGUGGCGCAGCCAGGUACCCCUGAGAGUGACACUGUAUGCAAGAGAUGUCCAGAAGGGUUUUUCUCAAAUGAAACAUCAUCCAAAGCAGCCUGUGUAAAGCACACAAACUGCAGUGUGCUGGGUUUCAAAAUAGCAUUGAAGGGAAAUGCAGUUCGUGACAACAUCUGUCAGGAAAAUACAGACGCGGCAUCUCAGAAAUGUGGAAUAGAUGUAACCCUGUGCGAGGAGGCUUUUUUCAGGUUUGCUGUUCCGACUUUCCUCGUGCCUAACUGGCUGAACGUCCUAGCAGACAGUUUGCCUGGGACGAAGCUUAGCAUGGAAAAUAUCGAAAGGAUGAAAGAAAGGCACACCCCUCAGGAGCAGACCUUCCAGCUCUUCAAAGUAUGGAAGCAGCAAAACAAAGAGCAGGAUAUGGUCAAGAAGAUCAUUCAAGAUAUCAAUCAGUGUGAAAAUAGCAUCUUAAAGCAUAUUGGCCACCUGAACCUCACCUUUGAACACCUCAACACCCUGAUGGCAAGCUUACCAGGCAAGCAAGUGGGCAAAGAAGAUAUCGAGGACACAAUGAAACGAUGUCAACCUGCAGAGCAAGUCCUGAAGCUUCUCAAUCUGUGGAGAAUAAAGAAUGGCGACCAAGACACCACUAAAGGUUUAAUGUAUGGACUGAAGCACUUGAAAACGUACCACUUCCCAAAACGAACCAUCCAAAGUCUGAGGAAGGUGGUAAAGUUUCUUCACAGAUUUAUGAUGUAUAGGUUACACCAGAAGCUCCUUUUAGAAAUGGUAGGGAACCAACGGAAAUCAGUGAAAGUAAGAUGUGUCUAA